AUGCCCACCCCCAGGGCCGCCACGCCGCCCUCCAAGGGCUUCCGCAGGGCCGUCUCGGAGCUGGACGCCAAGCAGGCCGAGGCCAUCAUGGUAAGAGGGCAGCGGGCGCCCACUGGCCGAACCGGCCCCUCUGUGGGGGGGGCUCCUGGGCCUGGGAGAGGGGGCCCCAGGGCGCGGGAGAGCUGGGCUGCCCUGUCCCCACAGUCCCCGCGCUUCAUCGGCCGGAGGCAGAGUCUCAUCGAGGACGCGCGCAAGGAGCGGGAGAAGGCAGAGGCCGCGGCCGCCGCCGCGGAGCCAGGAGAGCCCCUGGGGGCCGGGGCCUGCGUGGAGCGGGACGGGAAGGCCCGGCUGGACCUGCUCUUCACCCUGCGGGGGGGCAAGCCCGCUCCCCUCUCCCGCACCCUGAAGGCGUUUGAGACAUUCGAAGCCCAAAUCCUUCACCUGGAGACCCGUCCUGCGCAGCGGCCCCGGGCGGGGGGUCCCCACCUGGAGUACUUCGUGCGCUGCGAGGUGCCCAGCGCCGACCUGCCCAACCUGCUGAGCUCCGUGCGCCGGGUGGCGGAGGACGUGCGUGGCCCCGGGGACAACAAAGCCUUGUGGUUCCCAAGGAAGGUUUCUGAGCUGGACAAGUGUCACCACCUGGUCACCAAGUUUGAUCCUGACCUGGACUUGGAUCACCCGGGCUUCUCCGACCAGGUGUACCGCCAGCGCAGGAAGCUGAUCGCCGAGAUAGCCUUCCAGUACAAGCAUGGUGACCCGAUUCCCCGUGUGGAGUACACGGCCGAGGAGAUUGCCACCUGGAAGGAGGUGUUCACCACGCUCAAGGGCCUGUACGCCACGCACGCCUGCCGCGAGCACCUGGCGGCAUUUGAGCUGCUGGAGCGCUUCUGCGGGUACCGGGAGGACAACAUCCCCCAGCUGGAGGACGUCUCCCGCUUCCUGAAGGAGCAGACGGGCUUCCAGCUGCGGCCCGUGGCCGGCCUGCUGUCCGCCCGGGACUUCCUGGCCAGCCUGGCCUUCCGCGUGUUCCAGUGCACCCAGUACAUCCGGCACGCCUCCUCGCCCAUGCACUCCCCGGAGCCGGACUGCUGCCACGAGCUGCUGGGGCACGUGCCCAUGCUGGCGGAUCGCACCUUUGCCCAGUUCUCCCAGGACAUCGGCCUGGCGUCCUUGGGAGCCUCAGACGAGGAGAUUGAGAAGCUGUCCACACUGUACUGGUUCACCGUGGAGUUCGGGCUUUGCAAACAGAACGGGGAGGUGAAGGCCUACGGUGCUGGGCUACUGUCCUCCUACGGGGAGCUCCUGCACUCACUGUCCGAGGAGCCCGAGAUCCGGGCCUUCGACCCCGAGGCGGCGGCCCUGCAGCCGUACCAGGACCAGACGUACCAGUCCGUCUACUUUGUGUCUGAGAGUUUCAGCGACGCCAAGGACAAGCUCAGGAGCUACGCCUCCCGCAUCCAGCGUCCCUUCUCCGUGAAGUUUGACCCAUACACUCAGGCCAUCGACGUGCUGGACAGUCCCCGCGCCAUCGGGCGCUCCCUGGAGGGCAUCCAGGACGAGAUGCAUGCCCUCGCCCACGCACUCAGUGCCAUCAGCUAG